AGAAAAACAAAAUAGUUCCCUGGCAGCACAAAAGCAUUGCCUCUACCGCUAAAUCUCAAACAUUCAGAAACUCAUUGCUACACUGUGGAGAUAUUGUUUUGUAUCUAUCAUUUGGAUGUUAUGGAUAAAAACAGUACUUACUCUCUGACCACAUGGCCACCAAAGUUUUGGGAACAGAUAACAAUAGCCUUCACAGUGUCCAUGGUGAUUGGACUGGUGAUUGGAGGGGUCAUCUGGGCCUUGUUCACUUGCUUGUCCCGUCGUAGAGCUAGUGCCCACAUUUCCCAGGGGAGCUCCUCAGCUUUCAGCCGUCGCUCCAGACCUGCCUCCCACAGUCAAACUACUGGCAGGACUGGAUUUUACCGUAACAGCAGCUGUGAACGUCGGAGCAACCUCAGCCUGGCCAGCCUCACCUUCCAGCGGCAAGCCUCCUUGGAGCAAGCCAACUCUUUCCCCAGGAAGUCAAGCUUCCGUGGAUCCACCUUCCACCCUUUUCUGCAGUGCCCUCCCCUCCCUGUGGAGACAAACAGUCAGCUGAUCACCCUCACUCCCACCAACACGACCACAACCUUUGUGGGAAGCACCACCAACAGCUUAAGUCGACCCGAAUUCCACUGGUCUAACAACAGCCUCCGCAUCUGCCACUCCACACAAACCCCUCCUCCUGCCUAUGAAACCAUCAUAAAAGCAUUUCCUGACUCUUGAGCCAGGUCCUUGUUCCAAAUACACAUGGACAUUUUAGGAGGAACAGCAAAUGUUUCAAACUAUUUUCCGUACAUGCUGAAGAUCUCUAAGAAGUCUCCAGCUUCUGUGACACCUUGCAUAGGGGACGUACAUUGCCAGGAGGCAGGUAGUGCUGAUUUCUUAGAGCACUAUGUCCCACUGUCCAAGGAAUCACUGGCCUUUGGAUUGCCAGCUCUGAUUUACUGCCUUUCAACAUGCUUACAUAUUUCUAUCACUGUAUUAUAAUCAUUGUAUCUUUUACUUUAGAGGGAAGAAAAUGCUGACGCAUUAAAAAAAAAAAAAAAAAAAAGUAAUAUCUUCAAGAAA